UUAUCCCAAGAAGAAAAUACAUUUCAUUUAUCCAAUGAAUCACAUCAUCUUCAUCCUAACUCCUCGAAUUUACCACUAGGGUUUAGUUUAUCCUGAUUCAAUGUCGAUGCCGGAAAACUCUUCAAAUUCCGACUCAGAAUCGGAAAUCGACAACAUUCCCGCUCACGAUUCGAAUUUCUCGCCCGAUUCCCUGGCUACCGCUAAUCCGUCGACUCCUCCUCUCGUCUGCCUCUUCAAAUUCGCCGGUGACUCCGCCGCCGGUGCUGUAAUGGGCUCCAUUUUUGGUUACGGGUCUGGAUUAAUUAAGAAGAAGGGUUUAAAGGGAUCAUUUGCAGAAGCUGGAUCUUCUGCCAAGACAUUUGCAGUUCUAUCCGGAGUGCACGGUUUGGUCGCCUGCAUUGUGAAGAGAUUGCGGGGAAAAGAUGAUGUCAUAAAUGCAGGGGUUGCUGGUUGUUGCACAGGCCUUGCACUAAGCUUCCCAGGUGCACCGCAAGCUCUACUUCAAAGCUGCCUCACAUUUGGGGCGUUCUCAUUCAUAAUCGAAGGUCUCAACAAGCAGCAAGCCGCCCUCGCUCAGCCAUUUUCCACAAGGGUCAACCGGCAGCAUGAUGGCAUACUUCCUCCGUUGGCAUUACCCCUGCCAAAUGAACUGAAGGAGUCAUUUGCAUCAUUUUGCCGGUCUAUAAGAAAAUGAGACGCAAUGGCGAACUUCGUAAAGCUAAAUCGCCUAUCUUGAAAUUUGGAACUGAAUUGUUCUUUGUAGCAGAGCUGAAUUGAAGGCUUCCCUUUAUUUUUGCGAUUAAUAAAUUUACAUAUACACUAUACAA